AUGUCACAGCAACUAAACAUGUUCCAAGAGACAUUGACAAAUGGUGACAUGACAAGAGGCCAGAUAAAAAAGUUUUUUUUUCAAUUGCAUAUAACACAAAAACAUCGUAAAAGUGAAAUACAUGUUUCUUGGACAUUAUAUCAUGAAGACCCAAGUAAUUAUAUUUUCGCAGGGCAAAAUAUUUCGGCCCCUUCAAGUUUAUACGCGAAUUUAAGAAAACAGAAAACAGCCGAACAUCUAACACCAAUUUUUUCCUAUUUUAAAGCCCAUAUCAUACCCCUCUCCAUCCCCUUAAACCGUCAAUGA